AUGGCGAUGGGAACCGGCAGAAGGGUGCAUCGCGACGAAUCGGCGCAGUCCGCAGCAAUAAAUGAUCUGAACUUCGUCCCUGCAGGGAAAGCUGCUUCAGGACAUGCUAUUGAAUUCCAUGGGAGGGUAAGUGGUGUAAAGGUGGAUCAAGUAGACACGACUGGUGCUGGUGAUGCUUUUGUUGCCGGAAUAUUAUCUCAGUUAGCUGCUGAUAUUUCCUUGCUUCAGGAUGAAGGUCGACUUAGAGAUGCUCUCAAGUUUGCAAAUGCAUGUGGAGCAUUGACAGUAAUGGGGAGAGGAGCUAUCCCAGCUUUGCCAACUAGACAAGCCGUGCUCGAUGCUUUGGUUAAUAUAGUUGUUUAGAUGAGCUGAUGUUGCAUUCUAUUAUUUUUCUUUGAGAUUUCUGCACGAUUGAACUGUUGCAAGUAAUUUCUUGUUUUUUGU